AUGACCUUCAUCUACAACCUGAUUAUCAUUGACCUGCUCUUUGCCCUGUCGCUGCCAUUACAGGCAGUGUAUCACGCCAGGCACAAUGACUGGCCCUUUGGAGAAGGCCUGUGCAAGGCCACCAAUGCCCUCUUCCUGGCCAACAUGUUCAGCUGCACUCUUUUCCUGUCCUGCAUCUGCCUGGAGCGUUAUGUGGCUGUCCUCCACCCUGUCGUCUACCUGCGCCUCAAAUGGCCUCUGUAUCGUGUGCUGCUCUCCAUGGCUAUCUGGUCUUUGGUAGGGAUUGGACUGCUGAUCUUCUUCUCCAAGAGCACCGUGACUCAUCGCUUCUCCAAUGGAAACACCGCCUGCAUGGAAAACUUCCCAGCCCAAGUUUGGAGUGGAAGUCUGGCAGCCAUGGUCCUAUCUUCCUCAGCCCUGGGCUUCUUCCUGCCCUUCCUUACUAUCAUUAUCUGUUCCAUUGUGAUUGCCCACCGAAUUAUGAAUCUGGGCCAUGGGACAAUGCAGGCGUCUUCAUUGCGUAGGCAUUCCCUUCAAACCCUCUUGAUGGUGACGAGCCUGCUCAUCUUCUGUUUCCUCCCUUUUCAUAUCAUCCAUGUGCUACACACCCUGGGCCGUAUUGGCAUUCUUUCGGCUCCAGGAUUGCUGCACUUCACUUGCUCAGCCCAGCGUGCAGCUAUGGCCCUUGCUAGUAUCAACAGUGCUCUUGACCCUCUGGUAUACUAUUUUAACAUGAAGCCUGCCGAUUGUAAGCUACCUUGCUGUGGCUCAGUCAGUCAAAACCUUAUGGAGGCAGGUGAGAUUGUUAAUAGCACAGGGGAGCACCCGAGGAGGAGCAUAGUUCUUAGAGACUGA